AUGGCAGAUUCCGAGGUUUUAAAGAAAUUAAAGGAUAUACCAUUUAAAAUCCAAACCGCAAGUUUGAAAGAACGGCGUGAGGCAGUUGAGGAAAUACAGAAAGUGUUAUCUACGCCGGGUAUCACUGAGCCAGCUGUAAGGUAUGUGUGUCGCCUGCUAGCUCUGACCCUACACCGCUAUAGAGAUUCAACCUCUCAGUCAUAUGUAAAAAACCUGGUACGAUACCUAGCUGCCAACCACAGGGAAUGGACUCUAAAAGGGCUCCUACCAGUCCUGCUUGAAAUAUCAGAGCAGCUUAAGAACACAGCUACAUCAAAAAGUAUAUGCCAGAGUGGACUCUAUGCUCUACGCUGGUCUACAGUACUGGUGGAAGGCACUCUUCAAGCUACAGAAGAAGAUGGAGUAGACUAUAAUGGACUUGUACUGGCCCAAGCCAAUUUACUUGCUUCAAUCACUGCAUAUGGGGACAAAAGGAAAAAUGAAAAGGCUUUUUCAAUACUACACAACACAUGGUCAGCCAUUGGCAAGGAGAAAACAUCAAAAUGGCUAGAAGUCCUUGUGGCGACACCUGCGGACUCUGGCCCUCAUGUCUGUGUGGCGUUCUCUGUUCUGUGUCGACAUCUGAAACAGAUUGGGGAUGAUGCCACCAUUGAUCAACAUAAGGUAAAAAUUUUAGAAAGCUUCACAAAGAGCAUUAUCAGUGUAAAAUCUCGGCCAAAUGCAAACUAUAUAAAGGGCUGUCGUGAGCUGUUGGCACAGUUAAAAGCUGCUGACGUUAAUGAUACGUUACUGCCAGCCCUGGCUAAAGCUAUGUUGCGCAGCCCUGAGACAAUAGUGCAAGCUGUCGGCGAAGUAUUUUCCAGUUUGAAUGUAGAUCUGGAGGGACUGGCAGUUGAUAUUGGAAAGAGUUUGAUUGUGAAUCUCCACUCCAAAGAUGAAUGGGUGCGUGUAGAAGCUAACAUCGCGUUACAGCGGCUCGCAGCUCGAUGUUCCCAGACAGUAGCGGCCAAAGCACUGCUCAGUCAUGCCUUCGCUGCUUACAAUGGCGCCAGUGGGAAGUUAACCUCCAGUGAGGACAAGAUUGCUGUUCUAAACGGAGUGGGUACGCUGAGUUCACUAGCUGUAAACGGUGAAGAUAGAAUGGUCCUGUUCACCGAAACUGUGACGCAAAUAUCGCGUGUGCUGGAGAGUGAGUCGCACGAGCGUACAUUGUGUGUGGCGCUUGAUGCCUUGCAGAAAUGGACUCUAGGGCUCAACACUACCAUGCCUGCCAAGAUAUUGGAAAUAUUCAAGAAAAACCUGGGUGCCAAGAGUACGACACAAGCAGUGAGGACAUCGUACGUGAGUAUGUUGUCAGCGUGCGUACGUAGUUGCGGCACCACUAGUGAACAAGCAGAAGCAUUGAGGCCCCUGCUCAGCAAAGCUGUGGAGAAAGCUGUACAACAACCACUACAGCACUUGGUAGUAAGUGAAGGAAUAUGCGCGAUGCUUGGGCUGACGCUCCUGGACGAGGACCGCGACCUUCCGUCCAAGAGCGCGGUGUGGGCUGCGCUCACCCAUCCCGACAAACACGUACUAUUACACGACAGAGUACUGACUUCCGCCAGCGAUGAUGUCCUAAUACAGGUGGUGUUGCUAUGCAGAAAUAUAUUGGAAAACUACCAAAAUGUUGCCAGCGAACAGAACUCCCCAAUUUACAGAGCAUUUGUCCUUGUAUUACUAUCUCCUAUAAAAGCCGUCCGUUCUACUGCUAUUGAAGAGGUUAAAUCUCUGAUUGCCAAAGAAGAUAGAUUCACAUUAGCAAAGAAUUUAUCACGAAAAUUGAAUGAAGUGUUAGAAGAAGGAAAAAUAUUUACUGUGAAGGAGAAGUCGCCGUCAGAAGAGAAGGGUGGCGAAGUGACUGGUAAAAUGAUACUGGACUGUGUUCAAGCACUGUGUUCAUACAAAGGGUACCCAGAGAAAGACUCACAAGAGCUGGCAAUAGAUGUCCUACCAUCGUGCCACCACCCACUGGCCGUGGCUGUAAACAAACGUGCUUGGGUGAAACUAGUGUCGUACUUGGGUCACGAUCCAAAGAAACUAGUGUCAUUGUAUGCCAACAAUUUGAAGAAUAAAUACAUUUGUGAUUAUGAACCUAGUGAGACACUAUCAAACGUGGUGUCGACUCUGGUGGCGACAAACGCUGAAGUAACGGCCGGGACUGCGAUACAGACGGCACUUGACUCGCUGCUCGACCCUGAAUUACUGCGCGUGUCCAGAGAUGAGUACUUCACCUAUCUGACACCAGAGGGCGAGUUGUACGACAAGAGCUCUGUGCCUGGUAAUGAAGACAACAAAGAAAUGAACAUGAAACGUGAAAGUAAAGCGUACAGCUACAAGGACCAACUGGAAGAGUUGCAGCUUAGGCGUGAGAUUGAGGAGAAGAAGCGACGAGAGGGGAAAAUUAAAGAGGUACCGCUGUCUGCUAAACAAAAGGAGGCGAUCAAAGCUCAACUGGCGAAGGAGAGUGCUGUACGACAAAGAUUGAGUUUGUUGAACAGGCGCGUGGUGAUCGCGGUGCGGUUACUGGAGGCGGUGCAGGCGGGGUCCGGCGCGGCGCUGUGCCGGGGCGCGCGGCGGGUGGUGGCGGCGGCGCUGGGCGGCCUGCGCAGCCCGCUCGCCGCCGCGCACCUCGCCGCCGCCUACCGCCGCCUGCGCCCCGCGCUGCUGCCGCACCACCCCGCGCUGGCAGACACCGUCGCGCGCCUCACUGUGAGAUUACUCAAACCCCAGUGUGAUUUGGAACCCUCCUGGGAGGAUCAUGAACUGGAUGGAGCAACUCAACGUACCAUUAAUUUGCUACACGCCAUCACAUCGUCAGGGAAGACCCAAAGUGACGAUGAAGACGAGAGUAACCAGAAGACCAACCAUCUCACUGCGCCGGGCUUCUGCUACGUGUUCCCACUACUCAAACUGGGUUUGUCUGGUUCGGCGGGCCGGUCCGACGAAGCUAUGAUGCUGAACGGCUUGUCGGUGAUAGCGGAGCACGCCGCCCUGCGCGUGGAUUGUGAAAUGAUGCACCCCUCAUUGUUCCCCAUCGACCAUAUGUUCCGCCUGCUCAUCGAUCUUAUCAGCAGCACGAGCGGGCGCGUGCAGGCGGCGUGCACGGUGGCGCUGCUGGAGACGGCGCAGUGCGCGGCCCGUGCCAUGCUCACGCUCGACGACGUCACGUGCCUGCUCGACGGGCUGCAGAGCCCGCUCGAGGUGGUUCGAGAUGCUGCACUUCGUGCUUUGCUAUGUGUGGUAGAAUGUCUGCCGUCUCUGCUGGAAGAUCCUGAAUACGCACUAACACUCACCAAAAGGCUAUUGGUCGCUACAUUCGAUGUCUCUGAAGACAACAAAAAACUAGCAGCGGAUCUCUGGUCGAAGCUACCCUUAGCUCACCAAUGGAGUCGCGAGCCUGAGCUCAUAGAGCUCAUGCUGCGAGAAGUCCAACACCCCGCCGAGCCGCUGCAGCGGGCCGCGGCCGCUGCGCUCGCGCAUUUGGUAGAGAAGAGUGCCGACACAGCUGCAGCGGAACACGUGUUACAGCGACUCCAAGAUAUAUACUCUGAGAAACUACCGAUGAUCCCGGCCAAGCUGGACCAGUUCGGGCACGUGGUGGAGGCGGCGCUGGACGAGUGGGGCGCUCGGCGCGGCGUGGCGCUGGCGCUGCUGGCGCUGGCGCCGCGCCUGCCCGCGCACGCCGUGCCGCCCGCCAUGAGCUUCUUCGUGGAGCGCGCGCUCGCCGACCGCCACGACCUCGUGCGCGACCAGAUGCUCAACGCGGCCAUGGCCAUCGUCGACCUGCACGGAAAGGAAACCCUGAGCAGCCAGCUGCCGGUAUUCGAGAACUUCCUGGACAAAGCUCCCAAGUCCGGCGGGUACGACGCCGUCCGGCAGUGUGUGGUGCUGUUGGUAGGAUCGCUAGCGCGCCACCUGGAGAACACCGACCCUCGCAUCAAGCCCAUAGCACUCAGACUUGUAGCUGCACUUUCCACGCCCAGUCAACCUGUACAAGAGGCUGUAAGCAACUGCCUACCUUAUUUGGUUAAUGCACCAGCUCUUGAAAAAGAAGUCCCAACGAUUAUGAACAAACUUAUGAAACAAUUACUCACUGCUGAAAAGUAUGGAGAGAGGAAGGGGGCUGCAUACGGUAUUGCUGGUAUCAUCAAAGGUCUCGGCAUCCUAUCACUGAAACAGCUCGAUGUGAUGGGCAAACUCACUGAGGCCAUACAAGAGAAGAAAAAUUAUAAGUAUCGUGAAGGGGCACUCUUCGGCUUUGAGAUGCUUUGUUAUAAGCUGGGCCGUCUGUUCGAACCGUACAUAGUCCACGUGCUGCCACAUCUGCUGUUAUGCUUCGGUGACAGCUCGCAGUACGUGCGGGCGGCGGCCGAUGACACCGCUAAACUCAUCAUGAGCAAGCUCAGCGCGCACGGGGUCAAGCUCGUGCUGCCAUCGCUGCUUCAAGCCCUGCAGGAUGAUAAUUGGAGAACCAAGGCGGGAUCUAUUGAACUGCUCGGUGCUAUGGCGUACUGCGCACCUAAACAGCUGUCCUCGUGUCUCCCGUCCAUCGUGCCAAAACUAAUUGAAGUGCUCAGUGACUCGCACAUGCGUGUCCAAGAAGCUGGCGCUGAAGCUCUCAAAGUUAUCGGCUCUGUCAUCAGGAAUCCUGAAAUCCAAGCUAUCGUACCCGUGUUGCUCCAAGCGCUCCAAGACCCGUCCAACAAGACAUCGGCUUGCCUCCAGACGCUGCUGGACACGAAGUUCGUGCACUUCAUCGACGCGCCGUCGCUGGCGCUGAUCAUGCCGGUGGUGCAGCGCGCCUUCCUCGACCGCAGCACCGAGACGCGCAAGAUGGCCGCGCAGAUCAUCGGCAACAUGUACUCCCUCACCGACCAGAAGGACCUCAUGCCUUACUUACCCAAUAUUAUUCCGGGGUUGAAGAGUUCGUUGCUGGACCCUGUGCCUGAGGUACGCUCAGUAUCGGCGCGUGCCUUGGGCGCUAUGGUGAAGGGCAUGGGCGAGAGCAGCUUCGAAGAAUUACUCCCGUGGCUGAUGCACACGCUCACCUCCGAGUCCAGCUCCGUGGACCGCUCGGGCGCUGCGCAGGGACUCUCCGAGGUCGUAGCAGGGCUCGGUGUGCACAAGCUACACAAGAUCAUGCCUGAUAUCAUAACAACCGCCGAGCGCACAGACAUAGCGCCGCACGUUAAAGAUGGCUACAUAAUGAUGUUCAUUUACAUGCCGGGCGCCUUCACCGACGAGUUCUUGCCCUACAUCGGACAAAUCAUCAACCCAAUCCUCAAAGCUCUGGCCGACGAGAACGAAUACGUCAGAGAAACGGCUCUCAAAGCCGGUCAGAGGAUCGUCAACCUUUAUGCUGAAUCGGCGAUCACUUUACUCCUGCCAGAACUGGAGAAAGGAUUAUUCGACGACAACUGGCGCAUCAGAUACAGCUCAGUACAGUUGUUGGGUGACCUGCUGUACCGAGUGUCUGGUGUGUCUGGUAAGAUGAGCACGGAGACAGCUUCCGAAGAUGAUAACUUUGGUACCGAACACUCGCAUAAGGCUAUCAUUAACGCUCUCGGUCCGGAGAGGCGCAACAGAGUCCUGGCCGGAUUGUAUAUGGGCCGGAGUGAUGUUGCACUCAUGGUGAGGCAGGCGGCCUUGCACGUGUGGAAGGUAGUGGUGACCAACACGCCAAAAACUCUUAGGGAGAUUCUUCCCACACUCUUCGGACUGUUGCUGGGUUGUCUUGCAUCAACAAGUUACGACAAACGGCAGGUUGCCGCCAGAACAUUAGGAGAUCUCGUUAGAAAGCUGGGUGAGCGCGUGUUGCCUGAAAUCGUCCCGAUCCUAGAGCGUGGUCUAAAAUCAGAACGCGCUGACCAAAGACAAGGUGUGUGCAUCGGUCUCGGAGAAAUUCUCGCCUCUACUUCCCGAGAGGCCGUUCUCAGUUUUGCUGAUGGACUGGUGCCGACUGUGCGCACGGCGCUGUGCGACCCGCUGGCGGACGUGCGCCUGGCGGCAGCGCGCACCUUCGACAGCCUCCACCUCACCAUCGGCAACAAGGCGCUCGACGACAUCCUGCCGCAGAUGCUGGAACAGCUCAACGACCCAGACCCGCAGGUCGCUGACGCCACGCUCGACGGACUCAAACAGAUAAUGGCCCUCAAAUCCCGUGCGGUGUUGCCAUACCUGGUGCCGGUGCUGACGGGCGGAGGGGCCGUGGACACGCGAGCGCUGUCGGCCCUGGCGGCGGCGGCGGGCGGCGCCCUGGCGCGCCACCUGCCGCGCGUGCUGCCCGCGCUGCUGCACGCGCUGGUGGCGGCGCGCGGACAGCCCACAGAGGCGCGCGAGCUCGACCACUGCCGGGACGCGCUGCUUCCCGUACUCGACCCGCCCGGAGUGCGCUGCAUUAUCGACACUCUUCUCGAUUCGAUUCGAACGACCGAGGGAGACAAGCAUCGCGCUGCAGCGUCUCUGCUGUGCGCCUUCGUGUCCCACACGCGCGCCGACUUGGCGACGCAUGUCCCGCAACUCAUCCGCGGCUUGAUACUGCUGCUGGCCGACUCCGACCGGGACGUGCUCCUCAUGGCGUGGGAGGCCCUCCAAGCUCUCACCAAGACCCUAGACCCGGAGCGACAGAUCGCUCAUGUAAGCGAUGUAAGGCAAGCCGUCAGAUACGCAGCUGCUGACCUCAAAGGAGAAUUGUUACCAGGAUUCUGUUUGCCUAAGGGUAUCGCGCCAAUAUUACCACUGUUCCGUGAAUCCAUUCUCAACGGUCUCCCCGAAGACAAAGAGAACGCCGCCCUUAUGUUGGGCGAAGUGAUUAAACUGACGUCAGCUCCCGCCAUCCAACCCUCCGUGGUACACAUCACCGGCCCGCUUAUCCGUAUCCUGGGUGACAGGUUCAACUCCAGUGUUAAGGCAGCUGUGCUUGAAACACUGGCCUCACUGUUAUCUAAGGUGGGAACGAUGCUGAAACAGUUCUUACCACAGUUACAAACAACAUUCCUGAAGGCAUUGUACGAUCCAAACAGGCCAGUCCGCAUCAAGGCAGGCCUCGCUCUCUCACAACUUGUCAUCAUUCACACCCGAGCUGAUCCACUAUUCGUUGAAAUGCACAAUGGCAUUAAGAACAUCGAAGACCCGGCUAUACGUGAGACAAUGCUACAAGCUCUGCGCAGCAUCAUCACCGCUGGUGGAGAUAAAAUGUCCGAACAACUGCCCCUCCUCAUCCUCGGCACGUUAACAAGUCCGGUGUUGCUAGCUCAACCUGAUGAAACCCCCCGAUGUGCUGUCGGUGGGUGCUUGGGAGCUUUAUUGCACUGUCUGCCGGCCACACACCGUGACGCAGCGUUGGGCCAUCAUAUAUUAGGCGUCACCAAUAGCAGUAAUAGCGACGACUGGCUACUCACGCAUGGUAGAUCCUGUGCCCUUUUCGUUGCAUUGAAAGAGACUCCUCAAGAUGUGUACAAGGAUCAGUUUGAAGAGAAAGUGGAGAAGACUCUGCUGAGUUACCUAGCAAGUGACAAAAUAUUAAUUGCGUGUAAUGGAAUCAGGGGUAUAGGGUAUUUGAUGAAGUAUCUACUGGAAAAUGAUCGACCAGUCCCGCAGUCCAUACUCUCGCAGUUUGUAAGGAGUAUGAACCACACGAGUAACGAGGUGAAGCAAUUGAUGGCGCGCGCGUGCACGCUGCUGGGAAGGUCGCGCGCGCUGGGCGAGGGGCCGGUGAGCGCCGGCGCGCCCGCCGCCGACGUGCUGCGCGCGCUGCUGCCCGCGCUCGUCAACGGCACCAAGGAGAAGAACACCUACGUGCGCGCCAACGCUGAGAUCGCGCUCCGGGCCGUGCUGCGCUUACUGAACGAUGAGACCUUCCAUCUGCAAUGCAUGUCCCUGCUGGAAGAGGGUGCACGCGAGGCGCUGGCCGACGUGGUGGCGCGCGUGCAACGACGCAGUCUCGCCGACGGCCGCGACGAAGACCUGGACUGCACGCUGCUCACUUGA